UCCAUUCCUUUCCUUCCUAACAUAGGUACUCGUUCGUAUGGGUGUUCAUAUUAUUUAACGAUUUUAAGUAAUUUUUCUGAAAACACCUAUUCGUAGACGAUUUUGCAUUUUUCUAUAAGUAAGAACAUUAUAAUCUUAUAAUGUCUCUAAAUGUUAACCGAUUUCUUUCACAAUUAAAUGCGUCUCGAAAUUCCGCUAGGUUAUACGCACGAUGGAUGAACAGGGAUCCUGCAAAAGUUUUGUUGCCAUUUAAUGAAAAAUCAAAACCUAGUCUAAAGAAGGAAAAGGUCAUUAGUCUGGAUUCCGAGAUUUAUUCUAAAGUAAAUGCAGCUCCUCUAGCCCCUGAAGAAACUCCACCUAUCAUCUCUCCACAAAAGGCAAAAGAAAUAAGAAGUAAGCGAGAAGAUAAACUGAAAAAAAGAGAGUUUUAUUUGAGCCAAUGCAAAGUCUUUGAUGAUAAUAAUGAGGUCCUUUAUGAGAAAACAACUACAAGUGAUGGGCGAAUAAGCAACAUCCUGGUAAAAUUGAAAACAAAGAAGGACCGUAUUCGUCUGAAUCAAAUUCUGGUUGAAGGUUGGAGACUUAUUGUUGAUGGUUUGGAAGCUAAAUGUCUACUGAAAUAUGUUAUAUUCUCUCGCACAGAAGAUCUGAACAAUAUUCGCCCAUUUUUACCAAAGACUGGAGUAAAAUUAUUCAAAGUGCCUUAUAAAGAAAUGUCUCUAUGGUCUGAUGUAGAGACCUCACCUGGAAUUUUUGGAGUUUUUGAAAUGCCCACUCCCGACAAAGCUAAGAGUUUAUCUAGGCCUUUGCCCCUUCAGUUCAUUUGUGACAAUAUCAGAGUGCCAGGAAAUUUGGGAGCUAUACUGAGAAUAGCUGUGGGUGCAGGCUGUGAAAAAGUUUUAUUAACUAAAGGUUGUGUGGACAUGUGGGACCCCAAAGUAAUUAGAAGUGCAGCCGGAGCUCAUUUCAGAUUGCCAAUAUAUAAUUCAAUUGAGUGGGAAGACAUGCCAAAAUUACUUGAAGAAAAUACUUCAGUAUUCAUUGCUGAUAGCAACACCCAAAUAGGAAUGUCAGAUAAAACUGUUGAAAAGGAAAAUUCAAUAACAGGGAUGAAUAUACCUGUGGUACCAUACUAUAGUAUUGAGUACCCUACUUUAAAACAUGUGACAUUGAUACUAGGGGGUGAAACUGAAGGCAUUAGUGAUGAAAGUUAUGAUUUGGCUGCAAGAAGAAAUGGCUUGAGAUUGAAUAUUCCAUUACAAAGAGGUAUAGAUAGCUUGAACACGGGUAUGGCAACGGCUAUUAUUGCUUUCGAAAUCAGAAAACAAUUGCUGCAGUUAUGGGCCAAGGAGAAAAGGGAGCGAAUACACGCUAGCUAGAAGUAAUUGUUGAUGUAUUCGUAAUUUAGUAGAUACUUUGUAAUAUAUAAGUUUUAUAUGAGUA